AUAUAUAUUUGGGUCUCAACUCAACUCAAAACCAAACCAUAUAUCAACAAUUAAUCAAGCACAACGUACAAAAUGCAGGCGGUUUCUAUCUACUUGCCUUCUUCUGCAGCUUUACUCUCUGUCAAAUCCUCCCCAAGUUUCUCAUCAAAGACAUUAUUAUUGUUUCCCAAAAAUCACCAAUCCAUUCGCAUGUCAUCGACUUCUGUAUCCAUCAAAGCAUCUUCUGAGGCUGCUGAAGUCGAUUACAGCUCCAUGGCCUCUUCGGUGUUCCCAGCAGAAGCAUGCGAGACAGUUGGCGGUGUUGCUUGUGAUGUAGACAUGUUCCCCGAGACCAAGCUUAGAGAUGAACCGUCCAAGCCCAAGCCCAAAACCAAGACAUCAUCAUCAUCAUCAUCAGUUGAUAGAGAAUAUCUCGAGUACAACAGUCCCAAAACGGUGUUUAUUUCAGAGGCCUGCGAUGAUCUUGGGGGAGAAUUCUGCGACCCGGAUUAUCAGACUAAUAAUUAAUUAGAUUUCAUUAUAUAUAUAUAUGUGUAUCAGUAUUAUGUAUGCAUGUAUGUUGUGUUGUGGCUUCGAUCACAUUACUGUAAAUUAAACAAUCAACUGUCAGUAUAUAUGGGUUUAAUUUCGUUA